AUCGUAGUUUAAUGAUUGGAUCAUGAAACUUGUGGCCGUUGGAUCUUAACUAAAACCAAAAGAUUGGAGAAAUCGAAUUUUAUAAAUUGCAGAAGAAGAGACUUAUUAGCUCUUGAGUAGAAGAGACAAAUCUGGUCGGAAGGGGGAGGGAUAAGGAGGAUAGUUUGGUCUUAAAAACUUUUGUUGUCUGAUCGAUUAAAAUUUUUAAAGCAAAGCUCAUCUCUUUCCUGGGAAGUCGAGCUCGAAAGUUUUGACCUUUUUUCUCAUUCGUCGUAUAGAUUUUAGACCAUUCUUUUCAUUACUUGGCUGUCAAAUUUGAACCAGUCUCUGAGGUGGAAUUCAAGAAAACUGGGUUCUUGAAAAAUGAUCAAGAAAAAGAUACCGACUUGGCCAUGGUGGUUGUUAGGUGGUAAGAAGGAGAAAGAGACAGAAGCUCGAGGGAAAGGAAAGGUUAUCAAGCGGAAGGAGCUGGAGCUUGAGAGCUUUGGUUCGUCUGGCUCAGAAUCUGUAGCUGUUGCUUCUUCUGCUGCUGGUGCUGUUGAUGAGUGGUCUGUUGGAUGGACUGAGCCACUUGGACCUGGUUUCCAAAGCGAUGAGGAAGGAGAUGAUGGUGGCUUCUUAGUUCUGGUUCCUUGUUACAGAGCUGUCUCUCAAGGGUCUGGUAAUAACCAGCUCUUGACUGCUGUCAAGAAUCUCCCCAACGGUUUGUCUCCUGAUGGGAAGAACUACAUGGAUCAAUGGUUUUCAUCUCUGCGGAACCUUUGACCAGGUCUAUUCCCUUUGUAGUUUAGUUAGUAGUUUUAGUUAUCUAACAACGCUCUGAAGAACCAUUUUGGUUACUACAUAAAUCCUGAAAACCAAAAAAAAGGAGAAAAAGAGAGAAAAAAAGAGAGAAGCCCAAGUAGCUUUACGGUUUAGAUUAAGAUGAUGUGUUUUGUUUAUAUUAAUCUUGGGUAACGGAUUGAGCUUGAAAAAAGAAGAAAAAGAAGAAAAAGAGAGAAAAAAGAAGAAGCACAAGUAGUUAGAUUAAGAUGAAGGGUAUUUGUUUAUACUGAUCCCUGAAAAAGAAGAAAAAGAGUUUAAAAAUUAAUGUGUGGGAUUGGAAAAGCUAUUGAAAGCUUUAUGGUUCAUAUUAAGAUGAUGUAAGUUGGUUACAUUGAAAUGAAAGAGGGUGGAGAACAAUUAAACAUUUAUCCUAGGAAAGGAUUAAGCUGGAAAGAAAGGAAUAUGAGAUUCGAUUGGAGGAAGAAGAAGCAGUAAUGCUAAAGUUUGAUAUCAAGAUUUGAUGGUGUGGAAGGGGAUUAUUCAUCCUGAAUUUGGAAAAAUUCAUGUAAAAAGUCUUCAAUGUAAAUAGAGUGAUGUACAUAUACUCCAAUGUUGUCUUGUAUCAUAUUAACUCUCUUCUUCCUCAAGACUGAGUUUGAAGUAAUUGCAGAUUGUAUGUAAUUUAUUAACUACCACUGAUCUUUUUGUGUAUAGAAAAAGGUAAUGACACUGUAAAAAAUGUAUUUAUUGAUGUAAAAAAGGAAUAAAAAAAAAUAUUUAUAUUGUAA